UGCAUAACCAUAGCAACAUAAAAUAUCUUAUUGCAUGUUUUAUCUAUUCUCACAUAUGAUUAAAAAUCAAAGAUUAUUUUUUGAAUAAAAAUGGGAGAUUUAAAAGCAACUACAAUAAAAGAUGCAAUAAAAAGUUGGGAAGAUGAAAAUAAGGAAUCUGCGAGUGAAGCUACAAAUAUUUGUUUACAAUUUCAGUGGCCACCGAUUGAAAAAAUGGAUAAUAAUUUAUCGGUAUUAACUAAAUGCGAGAAAUUAUCAUUAAGUACAAAUAUGAUUGAAAAAAUAAAUGGUCUUGCUGCUCUAAGGCACUUAAAAAUUUUAUCAUUGGGACGAAACUAUAUUAAGGCUUUUACUGGACUUGAACCAUUGGCCGAUACUUUAGAAGAAUUAUGGAUAUCUUAUAACUUCAUUGAAAAAAUGAAAGGGGUUCUAGGCAUGCGUAAGCUAAAAGUCUUACACAUGUCCAAUAAUAAUGUUAAAGAAUGGGCAGAAGUAAAUAAGCUUGCAGAAAUGGAAAGUCUAAAAGACUUUUUAUUUGUUGGAAAUCCACUUUACGACUGUUUGGAUGAAUCUGUAUGGCGUAGCGAUUGUAUUAGAAAGCUUCCUAAACUAGUAAUAUUGGACGGAGUACCAAUCAUAAGGGAUUAAAAACAUCUCAGUUGAAAACAAGUUCAUGUUCACUUAAUUUUUGAACAAAUCGUCUGGGUGGAUCAUAGUUCGUCUGGAUGGAUCAUAGUUCGUCUGGAUGGAUCAUAGUACUUAUAUUAUUUUAAAUAUUCACACAUUAUUCACAUUAUUUAACGAACAAGACUAAAAGAACCCAAAUCGUAAUAUAUAUUGUUUAUUAAGUAUAAACAUAACCUACACAAUGCCUAUUACAAAUUCAUUUUUUUUUUU